AUGAAAUACAAAUUCACUUUACUAACACCUUGGACACUUUUGCCAACAUCAGUGCCCGAUUAUGACUGUGAAGACAAAGAGGCGACACUAUUUUCUAAGCUGUUAAGUGAACAUGUUGAAAGCCAAUAUGGUUGGCAGGUGUUUUGGCCAACUGGUCGUGGAGAAGCCUUUCUACAGAAUUCUUUCAAUUCAUUUGAAAAUAGAUUUCUAAAGUAUUCUCAAUAUGCUUUAUUGAUUGUUUCUGGUGAAAAUGCUACAUGUCUGGAUCAUAUAUAUCCUAGAUUUCUGGUCUUUUUUACAGCAAAACAAUCAUGGGCAGAUAGAAUUAUAAUUGUAUUUUUAAAGAAGCCGAUAUAUUCAUUCAUUUUUGAUACAAGUUUGUUAAAGCAUCCACCGAUUAUAUUCAAUGGUAAUUCAUCUGAUCAAUGGAAUAAUGAUAAAGAGGCAUGGUCACGAAUUAAAGAGUUGAUAGAACGUAAGUAAAUUACAUUUAAUUAAAUUAAUUUCAAGUAUUGGUUUUGUUGGGAUUACAUUGGAUUGCUUGAAGGAUUUUAUCAUGAGAUUACUGGACGGCUCUUUCAUUCUAUUUUUGAACACUUCUUCAGUACGCCUCACUGUCAGGGAUUCAAUCUACGACCUCUUGAUUACAAGGCUAGUGAGCUCGCAUACCACUGAGCCGCUGGAAUCCAGUCCAACGGCCAGUCCAUGAAUUCUAAAUUCAACCAAUCCACGACAUAAUGCGACCACUUCACAAUGUCUUCUUUGAUGAGUAACUGGCCUCAUUUUCGACCUUAUGUCUCCUACUGGUCACGACUUCCCACUAGAACCCCAGGUUAACUGCCUGAAUAGGUCCAGUCACCUUGUAGCCAGAUGGUCCUGAGUUCGAACGCCUGCUGGUACAUACUGAUAAGGAGUUCCAAACCAGGCUGAAACAGCUGUUCAGCACUCCCAGGUUUUCCGACGGUUCUCUAGCUGGUGUCAACUCAUGAUGUAAUCCUCCAACCAAUUAAAUUAUUUGCAUAAAUUUCGAAACUAAUUUGUAAAUAAUGCAUAUUUUUUUGGUAUGCCUCUGUACCGAAGCAAAUAAAAAUGCGAUUAUAAAGUCUCGGUAAUCAUUCUAUAAGAACGAUUCAUCUAAGAAUAAUUACUCAGCAGGGGUGCAUCUGUCUUUGAACAGUUAACUUGAGAAUUACUGCUUACCUUUCUACUAGACGAGAAAUCAGGGUCAAAUGUGCUUUAGGGUGAGAGUUACAUUUCAAAAUGUUUGAGUAAAUUGUGAUAUGAAUGCACUGAAUUUUCCUGCGUUUUAUUUAUUCCCCUAGGAGUAUCGUUGAUCAUUUUUGGAAAAUGAACAAAAGAUUCCCAUAUUGAGUCAUAAGAAAAAGGCUUAAAUAGAGGAAGAAAAUUUUCUUUUCGACGAUUCAUUUUCAUAAUCUGCUACACAAUCG